AAAUCUUUUUCAUAUAACAAACAAAGAUCUUGUCAAAAAAUAUAAGAACCAAAGAACAAAUCUCAGCCGUGCAAUUACACUGAUAAUAAUUACAAGUUACCUUCCAGAAAAAUCUAAACCGUCUAAAAUAUCCCAAUCUCAAACAAAUAUACAAUCGCCUACACUAUAUAAUAACUUACGGUUUGUGUACUUCAUACUAAAAAAAACGUUUCAUAACUCUCUCUAUAUCUUUUGGUAGAUUCUUGAUCUUGUGCAAUCAUGCGUCCUCCAGAGAAGAGAGUAGAUUAUAAGGUAGGAGAUAAAGUAGAAGUAUGCAGCGAAGAUGAAGGGUUUGUAGGUUCAUACUUUGAAGCUACAAUUGUUUCAUGUCUUGAGAGCGGAAAAUAUGUGAUCCGUUACAAGAAUCUUCUUAAAGAUGACGAGUCGGAACUUCUUAUGGAAACACUUUUUCCAAAAGAUCUUCGUCCAAUACCACCACAUGUUCGUAAUCCUUUGAAGUUUAAACUCAAUCAAAAAGUUGAUGUAUUUGAUAACGAUGGUUGGUGGGUAGGUAAAAUCGCUAGCGAGAAGAUCUUGAUGGAAAAGAGUUGCUACUAUAGUGUGUAUUUUGACUAUUGCCAUCAAACUAUUUACUACCCUUGUGAUCAGAUUAGGGUUCAUCAAGAAUUGGUUUGGGGAGACUGGAUCUUCGAGGCAUAACUCAUAUAUCACACCACCACGAUUGUUAUAUCAAGAUUCUUGUUCUUGAAGACUACGAUAUAUAUGGUCUAUAGAUUAAUUACAUUGUAUUUACAAAUUGUAGACACUGUCACUAUUGAAUGUAUUUUGAAUUGGUUAUUGGCAAUGAAUUACAGUUUUCAGUUUCUUUGGUUA